AUGGCAGACAAGCUAGUAGCUGACAAGCAUGUUCGUUACAUUCUAAUGGCAGAAAAGAAAAAAGAGAGCUUUGAGUCAGUGGUGAUGGAUCAUCUGAGAAUGAAUGGUGCAUACUGGGGACUGACUACACUAGACUUACUCGAGAAGCUCGGUUCUGUUCCCCAAGAUGAAAUCGUGUCGUGGGUCAUGUCGUGUCAGCAUGAAUCCGGUGGGUUUGCCGGUAAUACUGGACACGAUCCGCAUGUUUUAUAUACACUUAGUGCUGUACAAAUCUUGGCGCUCUUUGACAAGCUAAACAUUCUUGAUGUCGGAAAAGUAUCAAGCUACAUUGCUAAAUUGCAGAAUGAAGAUGGAUCCUUUUCAGGAGAUAUGUGGGGGGAAGUAGAUACAAGGUUUUCGUACAUAGCUAUAUGCUGUCUCUCAAUCUUGAAAUGUCUUGAUAAGAUCAAUGUGGGCAAGGCUGUUGGUUACAUUGUGAGCUGCAAAAACCUGGAUGGUGGUUUCGGGUGCACCCCUGGAGCGGAGUCUCAUGCAGGACAGAUUUUCUGUUGCGUGGGUGCUCUUGCUAUCACUGGGAAUCUCCACCGUGUUGAUAAAGACUUGCUUGGAUGGUGGUUGUGUGAAAGACAAGUCGAGUGUGGGGGUUUAAAUGGACGACCUGAGAAACUCCCUGAUGUUUGCUAUUCUUGGUGGGUCUUAUCAAGCUUAAUCAUGAUUGAUAGAGUUCACUGGAUCGACAAAGCAAAGCUUGUCAAGUUCAUCUUGGACUGUCAGGAUUUGGACAAUGGAGGCAUUUCAGAUAGACCUGACGAUGCUGUUGAUAUCUUUCACACCUACUUUGGAGUUGCAGGGCUUUCACUUCUCGAGUAUCCUGGAGUCAAACCAGUCGAUCCUGCCUACGCUUUGCCUGUGGAUGUCAUCAACCGUAUUCUCCUCACCAAAUGA